UGAUGAUGGUCGGAUCCACGGGUAUAAAAAGGCUCGUUGUCGACGAGCUGGAGGAUUUUGUUCUUCCUCCUUUUCUCUUCAUCAUCUCAACUUUCAGACUCCUCCUCAACAUCAUCAACACACCAUCGUGAGCAGCCUACUUGGUCUGAGACGUCUUCAAGAUUCAACAUACCCUCCCUGCCUAGCACACUCCUCUAGCACCCCCCAUACCCAUCCAUACACAGAAAGCCUCGAGCUAGCCUGCCUUACCUCAACACUGGCCUGUCAGUUGAGUUUGCGGAGUCCAAUCAUCAUCCUACACUAGCACACCGCCAGUCCACCCACACCUGCCCACCCACACGCAAGCCAUGGCAUCGUACAGCAGCUACUACAGCUCCUCGGCCGUGCCAAUCCCCUCGAAGGAGUUGUCCUACAACUAUAAUUCGUCUGGCUCCACAUACUCUUCUUCCCCACCCGACGAAGAGCGUGACGCCUCAGUCACCUCGGGCGUGCCAUCGUAUGGAGACUACCGCUAUCACCAUGGCAGCAGCACCAAUGGCAGCAGCAGUAGCUACUACUAUGGCACGAACACCAACGACUCGUACUCGUAUGCCAACAGCGUCAAUGGCGACUACUCAGACGUGAGUGCCAGCGGCGUCGACUUCAACGAGUACAUCCAGGACCGCUUCACGGAGUCCUUUGACCCUACGCCGUUGGAUCGGUCCCUGGUGAAGCAGGCCCAAGCGUAAGUGAUGCCCUUGCACCCCUCUAACCAUUUUGCAACGACCGUUGGCGCUGACAAACCUUAACAGUUCCGGAGCUUUGAAUGCCAAGC